UCCGCUCGGACUUGGGACGCCCUCCGCUUGCCGGCCGCCCCAGAACUCGGGACCCCACGCCCGCCCGCUCGCGCUCACACUCACACUCACACACGCAGCCACACCUUCAUUGCCUUUCACCGCGCGCGCGCUCACACCUAUUCACGUGCGCUCACACUCGCACACGCUGUCACACUCCCUCGUGCACUCACGGGCGCACUUUCACCCUCUCACACUCACACGCUCACACCCCAGCUCAGGCCCGCUUACUCUGCAGGGGCCCAGGCCCCGUCGGCAACAGCGCUGAGAGGACACACACGGCUUCUCCAUGGCCGAUCUGAGCUUCAUCGAAGAUUCCGUUGCCUUCCCGGAGAAGGAGGAGGAUGAGGAGGAAGAGGAAGAGGGUGUGGAGUGGGGCUACGAAGAAGGUGUUGAGUGGGGCUUGGUGUUUCCUGACGCUAAUGGGGAAUACCAGUCUCCCAUCAACCUGAACUCCAGAGAAGCUAGAUAUGACCCCUCACUGCUGGAUGUCCGCCUCUCGCCGAAUUAUGUGGUCUGUCGGGACUGUGAAGUCACCAAUGAUGGACACACCAUUCAGGUUAUCCUGAAGUCAAAAUCAGUUCUGUCAGGAGGUCCGUUGCCUCAAGGUCAUGAAUUUGAACUGUAUGAAGUCAGAUUUCACUGGGGAAGAGAAAACCAGCGUGGUUCUGAGCACACCGUUAAUUUCAAAGCUUUUCCCAUGGAGUUGCAUCUGAUCCACUGGAACUCCACCUUGUUUGGCAGUAUCGAUGAGGCCGUGGGGAAGCCACAUGGGAUCGCCAUCAUUGCUUUGUUUGUUCAGAUAGGAAAAGAACAUGUAGGCCUAAAGGCUGUGACUGAAAUCCUUCAGGAUAUUCAAUAUAAGGGGAAGUCCAAAAUAAUACCUUGCUUUAAUCCUAACACUUUAUUACCAGACCCUCUGCUGCGUGAUUACUGGGUGUACGAAGGCUCGCUCACCAUUCCGCCAUGCAGUGAAGGCGUCACCUGGAUAUUAUUCCGAUACCCUUUAACUAUAUCCCAGCUACAGAUUGAAGAAUUUCGAAGGCUGAGGACACAUGUGAAGGGGGCAGAACUUGUGGAGGGCUGUGAUGGGAUUUUGGGAGACAACUUUAGACCCACGCAGCCACUUAGUGACAGAGUCAUCAGAGCUGCAUUUCAAUAGCCUGAAAGAACAGGAACACACCCACCUUCACCCGGGGGAAUGAGCCAGUAGGUGGAGGGGCUGACGGCACUGUUUCCCAGAGGAGUGAAAAGGGAUGAAAUCCUAAGCAAAUUUGGAGACUGACUUUUUUAAUGGAGUAGAUACUUUAUGAACUUUAAUAGGACGGAAGAAGAGGUGAUCGUUUAUAGACUUUGGGAUUCAUGACUUGUUUUCAUUAUUUCAGGAAGAAUGGUGUAGCAGCCAGGAGGGCAAGAGCAGCAGGAAAGAUGGGAGAUUGGAGCAGAGUGAAGAAGGGUCGAAGGGUGGGCUUACAGGAGCGGCCAGUGAGAAGGGCAAGCAGUGAGGUGUGAAGAGGUUUGAUGAACAUGAAUUUAUGAUUUUCCCCAGCCUAAGUUUAAUUUACUAUCUGUGAAUAUCAGUAACUAUGAAUGACACAUUUUAAUGAAAUAAGAUUCUCUUGAAUUUUUGAUCCAUAUGUCCCUAGACCAGAGUUACCUCUCUAUAAAUAUUUAAAUAAACAACACUAUUUUAUCGCUGUUACAUACGCACACACAGCAUGAGAGUUUAAAGUUAAUGAGAUUAUGUAUAUUUCAGAUAUGUCAUAUUCACAGUAUGAUAGAUAAUGCGUAAUUUUCAAAGUCUUAAAUCAAUUAUACUUUAGGUAUUUUGAGAGGAAGAUGGACUUGUGUCCAUUUCUUGGAGGCUGAGAUUACUUAAAGGAGGUCAUUUUCCUCGAAAUUCCUAAGACUGGUGCAGGACUUCUUUCAAAGGCAACUCCAAUUCUGACUUCAUCUUUUUAUGAAUACAUUUUUGAUCAUUUUAUCUUGAAAUAUGUUAUACAAAUUUAGUUAUAGUUUUACAUAAAAAUUAUAUUAGGAAAUCAGACUUAUGGAUGUAUGCUUUUUAUUUGAUAUUUAAUAAUGCCCUAAGGCAGGUAAUUCAAAUUUUUAUUAAAGUGAAAUGAUUUGACAGUCAGACUUUGAAUUUAAUGCAUGAAUGUUUCAUUUAAGCUCUUGGAGCUGAAAAGAAAAAAAAACUUUUUUUCCUAGGAGUUCUCUAAAAAAUGUUUAAAAUAAUUUAGAUUUACUUUAGCUAUGUUUUACUAAAAUAACUUUAGUUUUUGGACUUAAAAUGGCAUUUUUUUGCAUGACAUGUCUAGACAUCUGGAAGGCUUUGAUAACCAAGACUCAUUAUUCCCAUGAAUAAUCUGUGACUUUUCACAUUACCAUUUAAGAAGUAUGAGCUCUGAUUUUGUACUUGUAUAGGGAAUUAGCAUAUAACUCACCCAAGUGCAGUGUUAGUUCAGGUUUCUGGGAGCCAGUUGACAUUAAGUGAUCCUUUACCUACUGAAUUUUCUACAUGAUAUAGGAGGACCAAAUCUGAAUAACAACGAACAGCAAAUAAGAACAAGUGUUAGGUCCAGUUUACUUGUUGCUCUUGGUGUUAUAAUACUGGUGCUAGUGAGUGGUUAUUUGCCUACUUGUUUCAUUAAGUAUUAGCCCAUUUUUAAAAGGCUAUUCUGACUGUUUAGACUUAACUAUUUCCCCCAUGACUCAGGUAUCAUUAAACUGCACAUAUGUUUACAGUAAGUAUAAUUAAUUAUAAUGAUUUACUCUCUGUAAAAAACAAUGACACAAAGCUUGUUAAAUAGUUUUCCUUUAUUCCACUUAUCAGUGGAAAAUAUAAGUAUGCCCUAAAUAGAUUUAAAAAAUUCCCAAAAAAUGUAGAAGGGAAAAGAGUGCGUAUUAAGCAGCCAUCUCUGAAAGAUCCCUUUGUCGAACUUGCCCUCAUUUUCUUUCUGGGUCUUUGGAGUCACCCCUACCUGUGCUGAACUCCUCCCCAUGUGUACUUCUGAAUUAACAAUGUCUUCUGAACUUUAAUGAACUGUAGCUAGCAUCAAUUCUAUAUCAGUUUUCUUUAAUAACCGAAAAGAGUUAUAUGUUAGAAAGGGAUAAGACAUUAUAGGAGAGGAGGGGCUGUGUGGGGAAAGGAAGAAUAUCAACUCAGAAUGACCAGGUAGCUCAGGGGUGUCCAACCUUUUGGAGUCUCUGGGCCACACUGGAAGAAGAGAUGUCUCGGGCCACACACUAAAUACACUGUGACAUGUAAUCACAAAAACCCCUCAUAAUGUUUUAAGUAAAUUUACGAUUUUGUGUUGGACUGCAUUCAUAGCCAUCUUGGGUCUCAUGUGGCCCAGAGGCUAUGGGUUGAACACCCUUGUUAGGGAAAAGCUAUUAUCUUUCCCGGAUAAAUGGGAAGCUGAAAGCCAAUUUUAGUCAAUAGAACCUGUACUCUUCUCAAUCUAAUAAUUUAGCAUAAUGCACAGCAUUAGGGUGAGGAAUGAAAGCUCGAUGGAUGCAGUUGUUUUAAAUUUAUUGUAUCAGAAUUUCUUGAAAAUGGAAUGAAUUUCUUAAAGGGUUUCAAAAUGAUUUCAGGAAAGGCCCCUGAUACCAAGGGUGUUCAUCCUAUCUAUUGUGUUUUGAUUAUGUGAUAUAAAAUUGUUAUUAACCUAAGAAUGAAAAAUAUCAAAACUGUAUAGGCAUUUCUUUAAGAUUACUAAACUAGGAAAAUGCUCCUGGCUUCCAUAUUUCUGACUUUUUUAUGUUUUGGAAAUGUUCAUCAUUUGUUAUGCAUAAAAAUAUCUGAAUAAUUUAGUUUUCUUCCACCCCCAUGAAUUCAUACAAAAUUGUGUUUGGGUAGGAAAAAAGAGAGCAUUUUGCAGUCAUGUAUGUUGAACAUUAAUAUAUUCUGAUACCUUAAAUAGAUUUUAUGAAAACCUAAA